AUGUCCACAAAUCUUGCACUAGCUGAGGGUGAAGUGUACAGUCAGCCGACCAAUACCGGCGUGGGUCAACACGAAAACACGCAGCUUGUGGCUGCCAUCGAUGCACUCAAGCGCACGACACAUCCCGUGCGAAUCGAAGAUUUCGCGCUUGUGCAUGGCCUAAAUGCACUUUUAGAUCAAAACAGCUCACUAUUUCAGCGCUUUAAGCAACAUCCCAAGGUUCGUUACGAUGAAAAAACGGAUCUUUGGAGCUACAAACCAGAUUAUGAAGUGCAUUCGUCGGCUGAUAUCAUUGCGCUUCUUCGCAAGAAGUACUACCAUCCAUUCGCACUCACGCCUGAAUCUUCUGCGGCAGGCAUGCGCAUUUCUGAGCUUCGUGAAUCAUACCCUCCCGCCCGUGAAGCUGUUGAAGAGCUCGUGAACGAAAAGCCUGUCGAGAAUCGGCAAGUGCUCGUACUCCGUGGAAAGCGUGAUGGCUCAAUUAGGCACGUCUUCUGGAAUCCGAUUCAAGGAGACAUUGUCAAGCCCAUUGACGAUGAAUUCAAGCAACUAUGGCAUAGUCUUCCCGCGCCUAAUGUGGUGGACCUGGCCUCGGACCUUGAAAGUGAGGGACUGAGUGCUACUUCAACGCUAGAAACGGUGCCCCAAGCGAACACACCAUCUACUACAGCCCAGCGUGGAAAGAAAGGCAAACGCGGCUCUGCGCCUCGCAAGUUCAAGCUUCAAAACACCCAUCUAAAGGGAGUGGAUCUAAGCAAAGAUUUUAUCAAACCUAAUUAG